CCAUGAGAUAACGGCGACUUCAACAUGGGAAAGAGCAAGCGCGAUAGUGCGUCUCUGGACUAUGAUGAGCCUUCCAAGCGCCCUCGACAUUCCAGUAAUGCCCCGCCAAAAGGAGAGACCCAAGGCCGCAUCGACCCAACCUACGGCCAGAGGAGCGCCUUUCCUGGACUCGACGAGGACGGCGGCUUUGGGACUGAGGAUGACGACCUCGACUACGGCGAUGAUGCUGGGGCUAUAAGCUAUUUGAGAGCUGUCAGGUCCGAGGCUGCUGGAAUACCGACUGUUCUUGUCGCACCUAGACCCAUACUCGAAGGAGACGAAGAAGAGGACAGGACCAUGUACGAUGACGGAGUGGGUGACAGUCGCGGCUUCUACUCGGACGGCGCGUAUACCGCUGCGCCAGAUCCACAACCUGACACUCCUGAGAUCCCACCUGCGAAGCACCUGCGGGCCGUGUACUUCGAAAAGAUCCUCGAGCGCUUCGAACACCUGCGCGAACAGCUGGGCAACACCCCUCCAGACAAUGUCGUCGAAAAACUCGACCAGAACCACGAUUCGUACAUGUCCGCCUCUGCUCCGGAUUAUAGGAAGUGGAGGUGGAGGGUCAUCAAUACAGAGCCAAUGAACGCGCAGCUGGCGAGGAUGGACAGGGCUACAUCGCUCAAGCUGCUGAGACUAUUGACAAACGACAAACUUGCGAUGGGCGGGAGCACAAUUCCUACCGAAAGGCUGAGCAGGUGGAUUUGGGGAGUGCUGGCGAGACUACCAGAUAGUGGAGAGUUGAACAGCGAGGAGAUUGGGUUGGUGAGGGAUUUGGGCAAGAGGGCUGUGUGGUUGGGUGUUGUGAUGAACCAACCUCAGUCUGAUACGGCGGCUGGGAUGCCGGGGGAUGAGGAUAAUGAAGGCGGGGAAGAAUAUGAGGACGACGAAGAAGAUGGAGAGGUGGGAAAUGAGUUUCCUAUCCCAAAACCUGAAGAGAAUGGCGCGUUGGGGGAGGCAGUUGAAGAUAGGACAGAGAUGGGCGCCCAUGAGCCACACGUUAAUGCCCCAGCGGCUUCACGGUAUAAUAUAUUUCGGUUCGACCCACCGGCCACGAAUUCAGAAGCUGUAAAUGCCACUCUGGCAAAGGCUGUGCUCGAGGAUUCUUUCUGGGGAGAUACGCCGAUGCACAUUCGGACACAGUUUAAUAUCGACAUCGAUGGUCCAAUAGUGGCCUAUAAAGGACACCUACCAAACCCAGAGAUCUAUAAUUUCUUUCGUUUCGGCCACGAGGAUCAGCUUACCGAAGAACAAUUGGGAGCUAGAGAGCGCCUUCGCAACUUCUACAGACGGAAUCGGGGAUAUGCGCGCUCCAAUUUACCGUUUUAUUACCUAAGAAACCGUUUAGCGGAACAAUACAACGGGCCACUGCCACCAGCAAAGCAGCCUGGUGGCAAUUGGGGAUACGAUUUUGAAGAAUUUAUACGCCAGAACCCAGAUUAUCCACAAUUUCCUGACUUUCUCAAUGACGAGCCACGAAACGUCCCAGGUGUCAAAUUUGGCGACGAAGCUUUUGACAGAGCCUGGCAGGCUGCUGGCCUUGAUACUCCGCAAACUAGGGUAUAUGACGACGGCCAAGACGAAGAAGAAGAAAUCGCCAUGGAAAAACUGGGUCUAGUCGCUGGUAGGGACCGUCGCCCAUCUGUCAUUGAAGAGCCCAAGCCCGAAGAGAAGGGUGAAGAGGAGACAUUAGAAGCCGCGCGUGGUCGUAUUCUUGCACAAUUAGGAAGAGCGGGAGAUGCAAACGCUGCUGAACUGUCGCGGGCACGGGACGCUUUGAAGGAACAGGAACUUAAAGAGCGAGCUCGUGAAGAAGAAGAAGACGCGGCAAGAUUGCUGAACGCAAAGGCGACAGUGGACAUGAUUAUUACAGUAGCGGGCGAAAUAUAUGGACAAAGGGAUCUGUUGGAGUUCAGGGAGACAUGGGAUUAGUGUUGACAGUCAACAUCAUGGAGGAAUUAUAUAAUAUUGUCUAGUCUAAUGUAAUAGUAGACAAAGCUAAGAAUGUGCACCUUAGCAACUAGCUGUUGCUUCACAACCGAAUACGGCUGGCAUGGUAAUCACAGCCACUACUUCUCAUCGGCGAACUCAGCUUCGUCAUAAGAAUACCC